AUGACGGGUUAUCUUGCUGCACAAGGAGUUUGUGCAUCAGAGGUUCGAGUGGGCGGACACUGGCACAGAUGCAUGAACCUUAUCAUCAAGCUCGAUGCCAGAAACGCUGUACUUUCCCAUGGGAUGUGGGAUCAGGUCAGAGUGGACCAUGGUAGAGAGUUUUAUCUAACCCUCUUCAUGCAAGACAUCUUGGCAGAAUACAGGCAUAACCAGCACCGACUGCCUUACCUCCAGACAACAUCAACUAAGAACCACACCGUAGAGAGAAUAUGGCCUGAAGUCAAUAAGCGGGUCAAUUUUCCAAUCAAGACUGCACUCAUUCAAAUGAUUGACCAGGAGACUUUGGAUAUGGAGGAUGGGUUGACCAGAUACUGUGUAUCCAAUCUCACAUGUGAGAUCAGCCAGAUUGGGGUACAGAGAUUUGUUCAGGCAUGGAAUAGCCAUAAUAUUCUAGGCAAAGGCAUUCCCAAUCUGCUGGCCAGAGAUGGCUGCGCGGCAAGGAUUUCAGAGCCACUGCUGCCGAGGGCCUCAGAAGCUGCCGAGCUAUACAGACAGGAGAUGGGAAACAGUUUGACCACUCCAUCAGCAUUUGGCAUUGACCCAUUUCAGUCUGAAGAGAACAAAAUUAGGGCAGAGACAGAGUUUCAUUCACUUUAUUUUGACCUUGGAAAUGUCUUUAACUACACUGUAAAUGAGCAUUACAGGUCAUACCAAGACUGUGUAACUGACCUAAUUAACAUCGCAAGAACAUGUGCAUAG